AUGGACGGUUAUCCAUCUUAUCGACGUAGAGACGUAGACAAUGGUGGUCAAUCAUAUGAAUUGCGUCUGUCAAAUGGUGUGAGAGUAGAUAUUGAUAAUCGCUGGGUAGUUCCAUAUUCGCCAUUGCUGUGCAAAACCUACAAAGUGCACAUAAACGUUGAACUAUGCAGUUCGGUGAAGUCUAUCAAAUACAUUUGUAAGUAUGUUCACACGGGUAGUGAUAAAGCUAUAUUUCCUGUUCAAAAUGUUAACGACAAUAACGAAAUAACACGUUAUCAAAUGGGUCGAUACAUAAGUAGCAACGAAGCUAUUUGGCGCAUUUUUACGUUCCCUAUACAUGAAAGGGAUCCUGCUGUUAUACAUUUGGCUGUGCAUCUUGAAAACGGACAGCGUGUUUACUUUACAGAAGAAACUGUACUACAACAGGCUUUGACGGCUCCAAAAACAACUCUUACUCAAUUUUUUAACCUUUGUAGUCUACAAGAUGCUGUUGGUCAAUUCGCAAGGACGUUGAUGUACACUGAUGUUCCUAAAUUUUUUACAUGGAAUAAACAAUCAAUGAAUUGGGAACCGCGGAAACGAGGUAUUCCAGUACCAGGAUUCGCUGAUAUAUUUAUGACAAAAACUUUAGGUCAAUUAUAUACAGUUCAUCCUAAGCAACGCGAAUGUUUUUUUUUGCGUUUAUUACUGGUUAACGUCCCUGGACCGACGUCGUUCCAAUAUUUGCGAAAAGUCAAAGGUACUUCAUACGACUCUUUCUUCGAUGCGUGUCGUGAGUAA